AUGAAACCUAUUCAUCCCAAUGGCCUGGUUUAUGGACAUUUAGAAUCAACUCCUCCUAAUCUCUCACAAAUCGAUAGACGUGAUUUGCGCUAUCAUGUUUCAUACGAGUUUCGGCAGAUGACUGCAUUAUUGGUCUAUACUGUCGUCAGUGCUCAAAACACCUGUGAUACUGAGUUGUUCGAUGGAACCCCGUUAGACUACAAUGAGUUGAAUGCCCCGUUUCUACUCGGUGAGCCGGAAUGGACUUUAAAAUGA